AUGGUGGAAGGAUGGAGGGGCGCUUUUCACCUUGACUCGGGAGCUGGCUGCGAGCAGCAGAGUCAGGACAGGCGGAGCAGAGGAGGCUCCUCGCUGCUCCCCGGCACGGGGGGCGUGGCGGGGGCGGGAAUUGCUAAGCCGCCAGGCCCUCAGGAUCUGAUGAAGAUAGUGCGACCACCCUACUCGUACUCUGCGCUCAUCGCCAUGGCCAUCCAGAGCUCUCCCGAGCGCAAGCUCACCCUCAGCCACAUCUACCAGUUCGUUGCCGAUAACUUCCCCUUCUACCAGCGCAGCAAGGCUGGCUGGCAGAAUUCCAUACGCCACAACCUAUCACUCAACGACUGCUUCAAGAAGGUGCCCCGCGACGAAGACGACCCAGGGAAAGGUAAUUACUGGACUCUAGAUCCAAACUGUGAAAAAAUGUUCGACAACGGAAACUUCCGUCGGAAGCGAAAGCGCCGUUCUGAGGCCAGUAGCAACCUCACUGUGGCUUCAGGAACAUCAAAAUCAGAAGGGUUGUCCUCAAGACUAAGAGUGAGUGGGAAGCCAGAAGGAGACAGCCCCUCUAUGAUGAGGCCAUCUCAGUCACCAGAGCCUCCAGAGGACACCAAGAGCACCUCCUCCUCUCCUGGAGCAUCCACAGGCAUCUCCACCCCCUGUCUCAACACUUUCCUCAGCAGCCUCAACACUUUAAGUGUAAACCCCAGCAGUAUGAGCAUCCCAGGCAAUCGCCGCCCCCUAGGGGGUACCCAGCUGCCUUCCAGCACAUUCCCCAAUACCUCCAUCCCAGAGGGCUCUCCAGACUCCAUGCAGCUGAGCACUAUGGGUGGAAGCAACCAGCUAUCUGCCUACUACAGCCCAUUCUCUGGCAGCAGCAGUGGGGACCAGAGUAGCCCCUUCAGCAGCCCUUUCUACAACUUCAGCAUGGUCAACAGCCUCAUCUACCCCCGAGAUGGCUCUGAAAUGUAA